CAGGCCAAAACUGACCCUAAAUGCCUUUCCGCUAGGUCCGAGUCCCCACUGUGGGAGAGGUGAUGGAGUUCUACCUGGAGAUCGACCCCGUCACCUUGAACCUGAUUAUCUUAGUGGUGAGCUACGUCAUCCUGCUCCUGGUGUUCCUCGUCUCCUGUGUGCUCUAUGACUGCCGAGGCAAGGACCCCAGUAAGGAGGAUGCUCCCGAGGCCACCGUGGAUGCCCAGCCCUCCAUACGCCUGGUGAUGGUGCCACAGAGCACUCCUGGGGCCCACUGGGCGAGGGGGCCGGGCCUGCAUAUGAAAGAUCCUGCCCCUCUGGGGAAGAAAAGCACCAUGGUGUGAGCUGGAUAUGGGACCCUGGUGAGAGACCACUGGACCCUGGGUAGAGACCCCUGGACUUGCCAGAGAGGACCAACUCUUGCCUAUGGUGGCUCCAGUUCUCUCAGCACGUGGGUCCUGCUUGGCUAAGGAAGCUGGACGUCCUGUCUUACUUUCUGAUUUCUGGUCCCCCCUCUUUGUGGAUAAAGCAACUGUUUAAGGUGGUGGAACCGACUGGCCCCAAACCCCACAGCAAAUAAAGUGAAGAAGCCUCCAAACCCACAGCUUCUAACAGGCCUCAUGGUUCUUUCUGCCUGUUGUGAUUCAGUCCCACAGGAGACCAUCUUCAGGAACAUUUCACUGCCUCGGAUUUGGGCAGAUAUUAGAAAGAACAGUGUUUUCAUGAACCAUCCAGCUCCAGCCAAUGGCCGCUACAAACCAACUUGCUAUGAACAUGCUGCUAACUGUUACACACAUGCAUUCCUCAUUGUUCCGGCCAUUGUGGGCAGUGCCCUCCUCCAUCGGCUGUCUGAUGACUGCUGGGAAAAGAUAACAGCAUGGAUUUAUGGGAUGGGCCUUUGUGCCCUCUUCAUCGUUUCCACAGUAUUUCACAUUGUAUCAUGGAAAAAGAGUCACUUAAGGACAGUGGAGCAUUGUUUUCACAUGUGUGAUAGAAUGGUAAUUUAUUUCUUCAUUGCAGCAUCUUAUGCUCCAUGGUUAAAUCUCCGUGAACUUGGACCCCUGGCAUCUCAUAUGCGUUGGUUUAUCUGGCUCAUGGCAGCUGGAGGAACCAUUUAUGUAUUUCUCUACCAUGAAAAGUAUAAAGUGGUUGAGCUCUUCUUCUAUCUCACAAUGGGAUUUUCUCCUGCCUUGGUGGUGACGUCAAUGAAUAACACCGACGGACUUCAGGAACUUGCCUAUGGGGGCUUAAUUUAUUGCUUGGGAGUUGUGUUCUUCAAGAGUGAUGGCAUCAUUCCCUUUGCCCACGCCAUCUGGCACCUCUUUGUGGCCACAGCAGCUGCCGUACACUACUACGCCAUUUGGAAAUACUUAUACCGAAGUCCUACAGACUUUAUUCGACAUUUAUGACCAGUCUGGACUAGGUCUCCAAACAGUAUUAUCUCAACUGUGGCACUUGGGAGUGGGGUAAGAGCUGAAAAUUGCACAGGGAAAAAAAAAAAAGCAAUGCACUGACUUUCUUUAUAUCUUUUGAAUAUAAUUACUGUGAAAGGUUAAAAGCUGCGUUCUGGAUUUCCCCCCUCACAGCAAACAAAUAAGGCAGUGAGUUCAUUAUUCAUUCCAUUCCACUAUCAUGAAGGACUCUGGAUAGACUUUGGCCAACUGAUGUUUACAAACCAGAAUUUUGUAUUUUAAUUUUACAGAUUUUACUACAUGAUUUUUCUAAAUUAGUAGGUCAUGUUAUAAAAGUCAGUGCAAUAACAAAACUUCCUUUGUAAGAAAAAAAAUUCUUUCUAUCGCUUUCCCAUUCACUGUGUAAAGAAUCAUGAACAGAACUUACACUACUUUUUACCAUGUUUCAUCUUGGCAUAACAUGGUUAUUUUUUAAAUAGAAACUUUAGUUUUUUGUAAAUUUUUUAAAAAUACUUCAUUGACCUGCUUCUCUGCGGUUCCUCAUUCAUGUUGUGAAUUUUUGCAGCAAGCAGUCAACAUUCCACAAAUGAACAAACAUUAUACCUCUUCUGAUAGUUAUAUGAAGUGUGGAAAAAUUGCCAAUUUUUAAAAACUGCAGUUUUCCAAACUUUUCUGCCAACCUCUGACUCUGAAUUCAGUGCUGCUUUGGGCCAUACACUUGACACGGUUUGGCUUACCAGUGAUGGAAAAGCAUUUUGAUAUCAUUAACUUUUUCAAAAGAUCCAACUUUUCUCUAUGCCUUUGCCAUGUUUUCUUCAGGGUCUCUUUCAACAGUGGAUGAGUAUUCUAUGUGUUAUGCUAGUGUUGUUGGGCUGGCCAUCCGCUGAAAAUUUCUCAAGAGCAUUAUGAAUUACAGUGAAGAGUGGUAUUGCCUGUUCUGUGCCCAACAGGUUAGGUCACUGUCACUUAGUUUAUAGUAUCAGUUUGAAAUUCAUUUUAAAUUGUGAAAUCAGAUUAUAAAUUCACAUUUCUGCCUUUCCUCUGCAUCUCCCGAUAUACUUUUUUUUUUUUAAACUACAAAAAUAUUUAAAGCAUUGUUUGACAGGUAGAAACUUGUAUCUGUAGUCCAUGAGUUAUAUCCUGGCUCAAUGGAGUAGUAUUUAUAUAUUAUUUUUGUUUUUCCUCAGUGUGUUGUAUUACAGCUAAUGUCUUAGUUGCUUUGUUGGUUAACCUCUCUUGUUGGUGUUGUAAGAAAUGAAAUAACCUUGCCCUUAGUUCGGGUACCAAUACUGCCUAUUUUCUAGCAAUGCACUUGCUCAAUGGAAUUGUUGAAUUGAUAAUUAGCUUAUUAAUUCAAAUUUUGUACUGACGUAGCUUUAAAAGAGAGUUUAUUUUGUGUGUAUGUUUAGAACUCUAUGAUUUUGGUAAAUUAUAGGGGAACAGAACUGAUGUUUGCCGAUGAGUUCUUAAUUAGGCAAGGUACCCAUGACAUCACCACCCAGACCACCUCUAUCUGCAUGAUUCUGAACAUCUGGAUGCCUGUUGUUUUACUGUGUAUAUUUUAUUUUAACAUAUGAACUUUUGUAGAUUGAUUUAAAAAUCUGCUUAAAAGUUACACUGUCAAAAACCACUAAAAUGUAUGUAAAAAUUGUGCUGUAGAUUAGAAUAAAAUUGUUACUUGGAUUUA